AUGUUCCAAAUUGCAAAAUAUUGCAUUCGUUUUUGGCUGCUGCCACUGCUGCUGCUGCUGUUGACGAUGCCACCUGGCGGCAACUCAGAGGUAUUUCGCCAUCGUUUGACAGUCUUUGCAGAAGCAGCUCGCAUGGAAUGCUUUCAUCAACCAGUCGCAGCCACUGAGACCAUAAUAUUGGAAUAUCAGGUGAUUGACGGUGGGCAAGGGGAGGCUCACAUUAAUUUCAUACUGAUGGAUCCACAUCGCAGAUUGCUCGUCACGGAUCACAAACAGAGCAAUAGCAAGCAUCGUAUGGAUGCCAAUGAGACGGGCAUUUAUAAAUUGUGUUUCGAUAAUACCAUCAGCACCUUCAAUCAGAAGACUGUCACCUUCUAUUUGGAGAUUGCGGCUGGCAAUCAGGAGGAACUGGAUCGUCAGGCGUUGAUCAAGGAGAUGACCACAGAUUAUCAUUUUGAUCGCAGCUACACGCAUAUGCACGACUAUGUCGGCAAGAUCAAUCUGAAUAUGAUGAGAUCGAGACAGACUCAGGACUAUAUACGCACCCUUGAGGCCAGGGAUCGCAAGCUGGCCGAAUCCAACUUUGCUUUGGUCAAUAUCUGGUCCAGUGUUCAGUUGGUUGCCAUGAUAUUUGUGGGUCUGCUGCAGGUUUUUAUGCUGCGCAGCAUUUUCAACCCUGAGGGAAAGUUCAACAAGUUGUGGAAUAAAUUGCAAAAUCGAAAUGUUUUUCGAUAAGCAUAUGUGAAUAAGCCCAAUUGAAUUGAGCGAGUAUUAAAAAAAACUGAAGUAGGAA